AUGCCCAUCGAGAUCAUCGAUAUCUCCGAUGACAAUGAGGAGAUCGAUUGGGAUCUCCGGUGGGGGGAGAGCGAGCAGGCGUCUGUGGAGCCGAUGGCGAAGGAGGAGGGCGGAAAGGUGAGGGAGAAGGCCCCACCGGCGACCUCCUCAGACUCUUUCUCGUCCUCCAAUAGCUCGGGAGUCGGCUACUGUCUCAGUUUCCUGACAACCUCCGGCAACAAGCUCACAAUCCCAUCUGCCUGCGGCCUUCCACCAAAAUGUUGCGGCUCUGCCGAUGCAAUAGGGCGCGACGUUCUCAUCCACGACAUAGACCGGCUAAGCACUCUCCUCCGGCUGUCAUCCGUUACUCAAAGCUCGCCAGCUCCGUCGGCCAACCCCAACCCCUGGAUCCCAUUUGCACCAGCUCCGUUGGUCGUCCCUGGGAUUCCGAUUUCGUCACCUCCGGUGGCGCCGCCGCCAGAGGCGCCGGCCGUUACAGUCCCUGAUAGCUCCAGGACGGACCUCAACACGCUGGAGUUUGUCGUCACUGUCGGCUUCGGCACGCCGGCCCGGCUGUCCGCGGUUGUCUUCGACACCGGCAGCGACGUGUCAUGGAUCCAGUGCCUGCCCUGCUCCGGGCACUGCUACGAACAGCACGACCCGAUCUUCGACCCGACCAAGUCAGCCACCUACGCCGCCGUCCCCUGCGGCCAUCUCCAGUGCACGGCCGCCGGCGGAAGGUGCAAUGGCACCACAUGCCUCUACAACGUCGAGUACGGCGACGGCUCGUCCACCUCCGGCGUCCUGUCCCACGAGAUGCUGACGCAAAUCUCCUCGCGGACCUUCCCCGGCUUUGCGUUCGGCUGUGGACAGCAGAAUCUCGGUUCGUUCGGAAACAUUGAUGGGCUGAUCGGCCUCGGCCGUGGCGAGCUUUCCCUGUCCUCCCAGGCCGCCGCAUCGUUUGGCACCGUCUUCUCCAAGGUCCAGUACACGGCGAUGAUACAGAAGUCGGAGCACCCGUCCUUCUACUUCGUCGAGCUCGUCUCCAUCGACAUCGGCGGGUUCAUCCUGCCGGUGCCGCCGACCGUGUUCACGAGCACGGGCACGCUCCUCGACUCCAGCACGAUCCUCUUCUGCCUCCCUACGCAGGCGUAA